CAUUGGCGCUCAUCAACACGGCACAUAUCUUAUUAGAUAAUCCGAGACGAAUAUUUUAAUCAGGGCGAGGGGCGGAAUUGUUUUGGGAGUAUUUACCUCAAUUCAAGCACCACACCCCUCCUCACUUCUAACGUUGUGAUGAAGAUGAUGGGGUCCAAUUCAAUCUCUGAUGGGCCAAUUACCCCUGCAUCCAAAAGUAAAAGGAGGGUAUUUCCUCCCGAUGCGUCAGUUAUUCUCGUGGGAUGUCGUGGCGCUGGGAAACGGACGUUGGGGUUUAUCGCCGCGAAACACCUUGGUCGCCGGCUCGUCACUGAAGAUCAUUUCUUCGAGCAGUCAACAGGAUGCACAAGAGCUAUCUUCCUACAAAAAUAUGGCCGCGAGACUUUUAAUCAGCAGAUGGCGAUUGUACUUACUCGAAUGCUGGAAAUGAACCAUGCCAAUUGUGUUAUAGAAUGUGGGACAGGCACAUUGUCCCCAGAUUUCGAGGAAAUACUCAAGGAGUACAUCGAAACCAACCCCAUCAUUUAUAUCCAUCGCGAUAAGGAAGAUCUAUAUAAGUUACUGAAGCUGCCUGUGGCGGAUGUGGAGCGUGUUCUUGUCACCGAUCAGAAGCAUCGAGAUUUCUCGAACUUGGAGUAUUUUAACCUUUACGAUCCUAGCGGCGAUGGUCUUGUAACGGAAGACUCCGCACUUCGCUCCGCGUGCACAAGUUCCGCCAAGCUUGUGGAAGCGAAACAAGACUUCAAAAACUUUCUUGACUGCAUUUUCGGCCAUGGUCUAACGCGCUCUUGGGUAGCAAAUCCCUUUUCAAUGAGGGCAAUUCCUCCCGAGUACCGGACGUACACCUUCGUUUUCUGCUUGAGACUCUCAGUGUUGUUAAGGCCGGAGGUUGAUAUAGCCACUUUGGAAGCGCCUGGUGAAGCUGUGGAAUUCAUCAUCGAUACGUGGCCAGACAAUCUACUCGAUGUUGUUGCAACGCAGGUGGCUUUGAUCCGUCGCAAAUUGGACAUUCCGAUCAUUUACAACGUUGAAGAAAACCCACGAGAGGAACGAAAAAGACCAUUAGAAGAGAGAGAUGCUUCGGACCUGGAAUUGAUGCUACAUGGCCUUCGACUCGGAAUUGAAUAUCUGAGUCUCGACCUCGAAAGAAGCCCAGAAUUGAUAUCCCGCGUUCUUGACAUGCGAGGCAGGACUAAAAUAAUUGGAAAUUUCACCGUGAGGGGGAUAGGCACCCGACAAUGGACUGACGAUAGUUACCUUGAACGUUAUUUCUUUGCCCAGCAACUCGGGUGCCAAAUUGUCCGUAUCGCCCGAUUCUGUGCCGGCGACAGAGAUGACGACCUUCGACGGAUCUUUCUCGGUCGAAUUAUCUCGUUACCUGAUCCGAAGCCGACUAUCAUCGCAUAUGAUUUCUCGGUAUUCGGCGUUGUCUUACCUUUUCAGGGUAAGAUCAUGAACCCUGUUUCCAGUGACGUCCUCGAGAAUACCGCUCGUGAGCAUAUGGCUGGCGUAAGCACUACGCGAGGCACGUUGCGAGACUUGUUUCGAAAAGGACGGUUACAGCCACUCAAUUUUUACACGUUGGGAUCAAACGUGUACUACUCGGCUUCGCCGUCAAUGCACCGAGCAGCGUAUGAGCAUUACAUGAUGCCACAUACUUUUAACGCUAGACGGUGUACCACGCUGGAAGAGGUUGACCAAAUUCGCAGCGAGCCCAAUUUCGGCGGUGCUUCAUUGACGGCACCUUUUAAGGUUGCUGUCAUGUCGCAUGUUGAUCACCUCAGCACACACGCAAUUGCAAUUGGUGCCGUCAAUACGCUCUUACCACUUCGGGGGGAUACCGACUCUAUCUUGGAUCAUGCCAACGCCCGAAAUAGAGGUGGUCCUGCUAGCAGGUUUUAUGGCGACAAUACGGAUUGGAGCUCCAUCUUGACUUGUUUACGCCGAGCCAUCAGUCCUAGAAAUUCGGUUCAGCCAUCGAGGACGACUGGUCUAGUGAUUGGGGCGGGAGGAAUGGCACGCGCAGCCGUAUACGCCUUAAUUAAACUUGGUUGCCGAAUGAUCUUCAUACAUAAUAGGACGAUAGAAAAAGCAGAGGAAGUAGCGACACAUUUUAAUAUUUAUGCUAUAGAGCAAGGGCUCCUUGGACGACAAAGUGAAGGGCCGCCCGUUUGUCAAAUCAUCGAGUCACCCCGCGAUCAAUGGCCGGACGGAUAUCAAUUACCAACCAUGAUUGUGUCUUGCAUUCCUGCGUCGGGCACAGAUGACAACCCACCCGUAGACUUCAGAAUGCCUGCACAAUGGCUGAAGAGUCCUACUGGUGGUGUCGUUGUCGAGCUGGCUUAUGAGCCCCUCAUAACACCCCUGGUAAUUCAAAUUCGCACAAUUCGCGAAGAAGGCAAUACCUCGUGGGUGAUUGUUGACGGUUUAGAAGUCGUCAGUGAGAUGGCUAUGGAAGCCUUCGAAUUGAUGACUGGUCGUCACGCGCCCAAAAGGUUGAUGAGACGAAUCUGUAAUGAGACGUGGAAGAAAACUAGCGCACCUUUCCAACCACAGAGGUAGUCGCACAUACCUAAGCAUCUACUCCAAUUAAAGCUAUACCGAUAGAGUCAGGGCUACGCCAACCGCUCGAUUGGGAGCGACGUAAGGGCGGCAGACGACGAUCUCUAAGCUUGGUUAGUCUUCAACGGCCAAAAAUUUCACCGGUUUUCGCUCAUGACCUUACGCCAAAUACAUAGUAGCCGAUAUCUAGAGCGUAAGAUACGGUGACCGCUUUUACGUUUUUAAUCUUCAG